AUGUCGGACCCUAAACGUGCUGCUAUUAUAACAGUGGGUGCUCCGAAAAGUGUUAAGAAUAAUGUGACUAAAACAGUGAGAUUAACUAUAAAUUUGGACGAAAGCAACGAAAGUAAAUAUCCCGAGCUGAAUUACAAGGAACUAGUCAUAGUAGCAGCGAAAAAGAAACGUGUAGAAAAUGGAAAGACAGCUGGGUUGGACCCUUUCUCCGAUAAUGACGAUGAUGUGGAGAGAGUUGCGAGGAAGUUUGAACAAAAAUAUGGCGGCAACAGCACAUACGGUAGAAAAGGUAGAUCAAAGUUUGAAGAGUUUGCAGACAUUGGUGCGGGAUAUGAUGAGAAUGAUUCCUUUAUUGAUAACACUCAUGGGUACGAUGAGAUGAUCCCCCCAGAAUGCGAUACACUGUAUGGAGGAUUUUAUAUAAACAGUGGUUCAUUAGAGUUUAAGACGGUUCCUGAAAAUCAAACGCCUCACUCCGAUGGGGAUAGACGUAAUAAGAGACGUAUAUCAUCAAGCAGCAGUGAAGAGGAAUCAUCGGAGAGCUCAUCAGAUUCUGACAGUCAGGAGCCCAAAGAACCGAAAUCUCUUACUAAUGGCAAUGUUGACUCUCACAAGACUGAACAUAGGAAAAAGAAGAACAAAAAUAAUGAAAAGAAAAAGAUGAAGACAAUAAGUGGAACUGAUUCAACCUUAGCUACAUCUGGCAAGCAAACAUCUGAUGAAGCUGGUCCAGGUGAAGGCUCAAGUACUUCUCAAUCCGACUCUCUCACAUCGAAGCCUGCCCCGAGUUCAGAAAACGUUGUCACUUCAGACAGCUCUAGAGAACCAGAAGUGAAAGUGGAAAUAAAACUCCCACAAAUAGUAUCAGAGGCCCUGAGUGACAUUGAAAUGUUGAGUCGGCAGUAUAAGGAGGUUCCUAGUAAGGACUUUGAAGGCAAAACCGACCAGUGUGUCCUAAGACUAGAACAGAACCUCAACCAAUCCUCAUCAGGUAACAGGGAACGACGAGAGGCAUGGAGUAGAGCAGCCAAGACGCUUAAUUGUUCAAGAGCCAAGUUACUAUAUAGAGCUAAGCGACUCAAAAAUGAUUUAGUCGCUUCAAGUCAACCCGCCCACAACAACACAACUAACUCUGCUUCGACAAAUACAGCCACGUCAAGGGUCACCAAUAACAACACAGCUGUUAAACGAAAAGCUUCUGAGGAUCUGGAACAGUUAGAUGAGUUCACUUUCCUAACGGCUGAAGAAAAGGAGGCCAAAAUUGUUGAUAGUCUUCAACGGCUAAAAGCACUGAUCGAUGAGCGCAAACCGGAGAUGAUAGCCACCUACAAUGCUGAAUGCGAACGGGUGCAAGAAGAGAGGAAAAAACUGCAAAUAGCGUCAGGCGAGGGUGGACCCCACGUGGAUAAGCGGCUGCCGAAACGACGUUUUCCCUGGUGCCCUAUGAGCCGGGCGCUGCUAGCACGGCUGAGCCGGCUGGCGGGCUCCCCUUCGGCAGCUGCUUCACUGCUGGCCACGCGCGCACUGCCCCUCUUCCCCGCCGGGUUCGUCAGGAUGCCCACGUUGUUACGACAGGCUGACCUCAAUAAAGAAGUAAAAGCAUCAGAUCUAAAGCGACAACGCCUUGGCUCUAUUUCGCAUCAGUCAGCACAGCACCUCCAAACACAGCCACAUCAGAACAACCUACAAACCUUCCCAGAACCCAUACAGUUCCCCAGCUCUCUUACGGUUACAACAACAACCAAGCCGCCAGAAAAGCCAGAGAAAGUUUCCGAUAAAACCACAGAGAAGCCUAACAAAGAGGAGGAUAAAUAUGCUAAUCCACUCUUUGGCAAGAUUUUUAAUUCUUUCGCUAUGAAUAAAGAUCUAGUCAUUGAAAAUUCAGUGGAAAGCAAAAAGGAGCAACCAGUAAGUAGCAUAACAAUUACACCAGUGCCAAAUAAAGAGAAAAAGGAGAAGAAAGAGCCGCUCAUACGAGUGAAAUCGCCAGCAGCACUGAAUGACAUGAUAAAAAAGGAUAAAAAGAGCAAAAGAGAUAAAGAAACUCCUGUCCACAUGGAAACAAAAGAGAAGAAUAACGAAAUCAGUCAGAAGCAAAUUGAUAAUAUGAAAGCCUUGGAAAACAAUAUACCACAUCCGGCCCUAGUUCCCGUUCAUCAAUCACCAACGUUUGCGAAGCCAGAUAAACGACCGCCUGAGAAGAAGAAGAAGGAUGUCUUGAUUAUUUCUGACAUGGAUCCGCUAAGCGAUAACCAAGAACCAGUGGCAGUGGAUGAUAGCAGUAGUGACAUAGAAGUGAUAGAGGACCGGGUCAGUGAUAAAGUGGGUGAAAGUGACACAGUGCCUUCAGACAAAAGUGAUAAAGGGAAGAUUAAAGUUAAAAGUGAUAAGGAGUGUAAAAGGGCUAGUGUUGAUGAGUUCUCCAAGAAGGACUUUGAAAUGCUCAUGAAGGACUUACAAGAAAUGGAGAAUUCACAAGAACAAACGAAGGUGGCAUACAAUUCCUUUGGUGGGGUCAUCACUAGUGCUAAGCACGAGUCUUCCAAGCAAGCUUACAACCGGACAGUAUUCGAAUCGACAAAUAAAAAUAAAUUCACAGAACGAACUUCUUUGAAAGAAAUAGAUGGAUGUAACACAGUUACUGGCUGA